UUGAAAAUGAAUGAUAUGCUGCUCAAGUUGUAGGUGCAGUGGGCGGUUGCUGUAUUUAUGUUUAGCGGCAAACUGAAGCUACGACAUUUAGAAAAAGGGCAGAGGAAAAGUGGAAGAUUAAAAACAACACAAGAAAAGAUUUAGAUUCCAGCAAUGCAAUUGACCGUGUGUGAUCCCACCGCUGAAGCUGUGGUGAUGGAGCCUCCCAGAGCGGGCGGUGUCCUGGAGUCAUCCUGUGGUGCAGGAGACAGCGCAGCCUCUCUUGAUGACGUCGCUGUGGAUGCAGCCAAUGAGUCUUCAGAGGAAGAGUCCACAGGGGAAAGAGAAGAGGAGAUUGGUGCCCAUAAUGAAGUCAGCACCAGCAACACCAAGACUACAAAGGUCCCUGCUGAACAGACCUCAAACACACAAACAGUGAAUGCCCAGCGCCCAAACUCCCUGUCCGUGCCAGCAGCAGCAGCGCCCGGCCUGUGCACGUCACAGGGCGAUGCGGAGGUGAAACUGAGGAUGGGGGACUCUGGCCUGGCUGCUGAGACACCCCUGACUGUCAACCAGAUGUUCACCUCAGCUGUGGAGCGCUUUGGGAACUACACAGCUCUGGGCUGGAAGGAGGGUGAGCAGCAGAAGACCCUGAACUACAGAGACUACUACCAGACCUGCCGCACCGCCGCCAAGAGCUUCCUCAAGCUUGGUCUGCAGCACUACCACGGCGUCGGCAUCCUGGGCUUCAACUCAGCUGAGUGGUUCAUUGCGGAUAUUGGAGCGAUUUUGGCAGGUGGGUUUGCUGUGGGCAUCUACACCACCAAUUCUCCGGAGGCAUGUCAGUAUGUAGCAGAAAACUGCAAGGCCAAUAUCAUUGUAGUGGAGAACCACAAACAGCUGCAGAAAAUCCUUCAGGUUGAAGACAAGCUUCCUCACUUGAAAGCCAUUAUCCAGUACAAAGAUGCACUAAAAGAGAAGAGACCAAAUCUGUACACAUGGGCAGAGUUUAUGGAGCUUGGACGUGAUGAGCCUGACGCUCCCCUCGAUGCCAUCAUCUCCAGGCAGAAGCCCAACCAAUGCUGCACGCUCAUCUACACCUCAGGAACCACAGGCCAGCCCAAAGGAGUCAUGCUGAGCCAUGACAAUCUAACAUGGACCGCGCUCUCCACCAGCCGUCAUGUGCGCCUGACAGACGCCAACCAGGCUCAGGAGGUGGUGGUCAGCUACCUGCCGCUCAGCCACAUCGCAGCUCAGAUGGUGGACAUCUGGGUCACCAUGAGGGUCGGGGGGGCGACGUACUUCGCUCAGCCAGAUGCCCUCAAGGGCUCUCUGGUAAACACCUUGAAGGAGGUGCGUCCCACAGCCUUCAUGGGCGUCCCUCGUGUCUGGGAAAAGAUGCAGGAGAAGAUGAAAUCUGCUGGAGCAAAGUCUUCCACUGUGCGCAGGAAAGUGGCUGCUUGGGCCAAAGAUGUCGGUUUGCAGACUAAUCUCACCAAGAUGAACCAAAACAGAGAAGCUGGCCGCACACCGUUCAGCUAUCACAUAGCCAAAAAGCUUGUGUUCAAAAAGGUGCGUAAGGCCCUGGGCUUGGACCGCUGCAACAAGUGCUACACAGGCGCCGCACCCAUCACCAAAGACACCCUGGAGUUCUUCCUCAGCCUGGAUAUUCCUCUGUACGAGCUGUACGGCAUGAGUGAGAGCACUGGACCUCACACCAUCUCCCUCCCUGAUGCCUUCAAGCUCACCAGCUGUGGUAAAGAGAUCCCAGGGUGUAAGACGAAGCUGCACAACCCAGACGAGGAGGGAAACGGAGAGAUCUGCUUCUGGGGUCGCCACGUAUUCAUGGGUUACCUCAACAUGCCUGAGAAGACAGAGGAGGCUCUGGAUGCAGAGGGCUGGCUUCACUCAGGUGACCUGGGCAAACACGACCAGAACGGAUUCCUCUUCAUCACCGGAAGAAUUAAAGAGCUGAUCAUCACAGCAGGAGGAGAGAACAUCCCUCCUGUCCCCAUUGAGGAUGCAGUGAAAGAGGCCGUGCCGCUGAUUAGCAACGCCAUGCUGAUUGGAGACAAGAGGAAGUUUCUGUCUAUGCUGCUCACCAUUAAGUGCCAGGUGAACGCUGACACAGGCGAUCCAGAGGACGAGCUGGCACCAGAGGCAGUGGAGUUCUGCAAGAGGCUGAGCAGCAACGCCACGCGUGUUUCUGAGAUCACAGGCGGCCGAGACCGUGCGAUCCACACCGCCAUCCAGGAGGGGAUUAACAGAGUCAAUGAGAAGGCAACCUCCAACGCUCAACGCAUCCAGAAGUGGAUUGUUCUGGAUCGGGACUUCUCCGUUGGUGGAGGAGAGCUAGGCCCUACCAUGAAGCUGAAGCGUCCAGUGGUGGUGAAGAUGUACAAGGAGCAGAUUGAGAACUUUUACAAGGAGCUGGCGACUCCGACGACUCCCGACAACCCACUGCCUCCCAAAUAGAGCUGCUCCUCCACCUGCAGGGAGAUCCAGACUGUCUGUUCACAUGCAGACACACUCCACCUCAUUCAUGCAGCGUCUCCCUGUCGCCAUUUUAUUUCCUCUCGUAUAUAAAUGUUUUGAUUGCCUUAAGUUUCAGUUGUUCUGUCUUGGUUUACAUUUGUAGAGAAUUGAGAAGAAGCCAUUCUAAAAUAGCUUUAUGAUUUAAGAUUCAAUAAGCUGAAUUCAACUAUUUAUUUGUAUUGCUGGGAUGAGCAGCAAUAUCCGAUAGAUGAAGUGGAUGUAAGAAGAGUUUAUUGUGCUGUAAUAAUUGAUAAAAAAAAACAAAACAAAAAAAAACAAACAAACAAACAAGUUUAUAGGAUGUUUUGAAGGAGUAAUGCGUUUUUGAACAUGUUUUUCUUUAUUUAUUUUCAGUUUGCCAAAGUUUACAUGGGCCAAAAGAGCUUCAAAUGAAGAAACAUUUCUAGAAAAAACUUCAUAUGAAAUUCAGCAACCAUAUCAAAUGUUUACUGGCUUUUUACAUGUACUUUGUGUUUCUCAUCUUUAUCAGCCUGGAUUUAAAGAAAAUAAGCAGUUCAGAAAGUCAGAGGUUUUCUGCAAAGGUAGAUGAAUUGAAUAUAUAUCUCAUAACUAAGCAUCCAAAUUCAGUUUUUCAUGCUGUAAAAACAUGUCAUUUAAGCCAUAUAUUUAGCUUUUUGUAAUUUGUAAAGUCAAGCUGUUUUGUGUGCCGACUCAUUACAGCCUACACACCUGCCUGGUCCUGGUGAAAUGUUUUCUAAAUGGUCCGUCUGUGUGUAGACCCGCUGUGAUUUUGUGGAUUGUAUUGUAAAUAUCUUUUGCCGACAUCAUCUGCAUCCUCACGCUUGUCUUUAUUUAAUUUUAUUUUUCAGGCUAGAAAUCUCAAUUGUUUUGCACUCAGACGCUGAUAACAUGUAGCAGGAAUGGAAAGUGUACAUAAAUUAGAUGGUGGAAAAAGGCAAAUAUAUCAGCUGUAUGAAACUGCCCUUAUUGGUCUGUUGCCAUUCCUUGUGGAUCAGAUGUAUAAAUGUUCAAAUGCUCAAGGUUUUAACGACAGCAUGUCUUUGGCCUCACUGAAGACAUUUCAGACAGAUUGAAGGAAGGCCAAAAAGGGGUAACUGUACUCCAAAGAGCUGAUUAAUGUAUAUUAUGUAACUGUAUAUAAAGCAUAUCAUAGGUAUUUGUAGUUCUGAUGAUUUAAAAUUAUGGCGAGUUUGGUUGUUAUGGUUCCCUCAAAGCAAUUAAAGUUCAGGGUAAACAAAACAGAGCAAUGUUCAUGUGUGUGUAUAAAGUUAAAUAAGGAAAUGACGGUGAUUCAGAGUGUCUGGGUGAAUGAGUUUCUUGCAACAAUCAUAAAUGAGAAGUUGGAACAGUUUCACAGCCUGUAACAUGAAGGUUUGGUUUCUAAAAAGUACUGAAGGACUUACAUUAUUGUACUUUCUAAUUAUACUGUGUUGUUGGAAUAUUGUUACUCUGUGGAAACCCAUCCUCAAACAGGUCAGAGAGCUCACAAGACCCCAGACAGAAGACUGGAUUUACUUGACCCUAAGGAGCUGUUAUUGUUUAAAAUAUCAGGGUGUAAAGAUGGAAAUAUGCAUGACACUGCAGGAGAGAUGCAAAGCAGUCCUGUUUCUGUAUACAGCCUACAGAAGUGUGAAUGUUUGUGUGAUCAGUAAAGGAAUAAACAGUGAUUAUGCUCA